AUGCUUCAUCCCCAACAACAACAACAGCAACAACUACAGCAACAGCAACAGCAAAAUUGGUUGCCUGGAAAUAAUGUUCAGCUUGGUGGAAUAGGAGGAAUAGGUGCAGGACCUGGCGUUCAAUUCGACCCACAGCAACAACAACAACCGGCUGAGCCACACUCAAAUACCCUCGAUACCUUUAUUCUGACUCUGCUGAAAAAGCCUCAGGAAAGGAUAUUUUUGCUAAAGCUCGAACAGGAUCUGGAAGCAUUUAUUAACAACCAUCAAAUGUAUCGUCUCGAUCUUCCACAAAUGAACUCUUAUCAGCGGCUGAUGGUUCAUAAAGUUGCGCCGUACUUUAACUUGUCUCAUUUCGCUGAACCGGUGCGCAAGUCUGUAUUUCUCUGUAAAAACCCUUAUACAGCAAUGUACGUAUUCACUCUUAUUUGA